AUGGAUGAUUUGAUUUUUCUGGAAAAUCAGCUAUGUGAUAUUAGCAAUAAUUCAAUCGGAUCUCUUAAGGAGCUCAUCAAGAACAAGUACAUGUACAUGAAAGAAGAUAUUUUCUAUUUCCUUGUUGAUUUAGCAAAAAUCAGAUCAUUAUAUUUUAAUUUAAUCAUGGAACUUAUAAAAUUGGUGAUGCCAGAGAACCCGAUUGUUAGCCAUUCCUCAUUUACAUACUAUUUAAUGGAAAAUGGACUCUUAAAAGGAGAAAAUUUUGUAAUAUCAUCAUCACCCAUGAAUUUCAACAAAACAGAGCUCCCAUUUAGUGAAGAUUCUAUAGGAUAUUCUAUAAUGAAUGAUGAUGUCUCUUCUUUUUCUUCCUUUUUAUGUGAUUUCAAUGAAUUAGAAUUUGAUGUCGAUUAUAAAAGCAAAGACAGAAAAGAAACAGUAUUAGAACUUGCAGCACACAGUGGAAGUGUAAAGAUAUUCAAGUACUUGAUGUUAAAUGGUAUGAAAUUAAACGAGAAAAUUCCAAAUUUCGCAAUAAAAGGUGGAAAUACUGAAAUCUUGGAAAUUCUUUUGCAAAAUGGUUUUAGCUUCCAAAACUAUUUGCUAAAAGCAGUGAAAUACCACAGAAAUGAUGCAGCACAGUGGAUACUCCAAAGCUAUAACUUGAAUCCUGAUAAAUUAGGUCCAUUUUGUUUAGCGCAUCGAAAUUUGUCACUUUUUAUUGAAAAUGGAUAUGAUUUUAAUGUAAGAGACUUUGCUAACAGAAAUUCACUGAUGAUAAGUGUAGAGAAGAGGAAUUUGGAGCUGACAAAGUUCUUAAUCAAAAAGUUUGACAUAAAUGAAUUUGAUAAUUUUGGAUUAACAGCUUUGAUGAUUGCUUGUAACAAUGGAAAUCUCAAUCUUGUUAAAUAUCUUAUUGACAAUGGUGCUGAUGUUAACAUUAAAUCAGAAACUGGUUAUAAGUCACUUCUUUUUAAUAAAGGAAUGAAUGAUGAAACUCAUAAUUUAUCGAAAUACAUCAAAGAAAAUGAAAUGACAAUGGAUUCUUUGGGAUAUGAUGGAACAACUGCACUUCUUUGUGCCGCAAAUUGUGGUUAUGCAGAUAUAUGUAAGUAUCUAAUUGAAAAAGGAUGUGAAAUAAAUUGUUAUGACUCUCAUAGAAAGAAUGCUUUGUUGCAUGCUGUUUCAAUGAGAAAUGUUGAAUUAACAAAGAUAUUGAUCGAGAAUGGUAUAGAUUUAGAUUUCCAAGACAUUGCUGGUAAGACUGCUCUUCACUAUACUGCAUUAGUAAAUGAUGUGGAAAUAGGAAAAAUGUUAAUUAUGAGUGGUGCAAAUCCUCGAAUUGUUGAUGCACAUGGAGAUAUUCCAGUAACUGUUGCAGCAAGAUCAGAAUCAAGAGAAUGGGUUGAUGAGAUAUGCAACUGUAUAAUGGAAUUAAGAAAAAGAAAUAAACUUUAA